UUUCUCACAGAUGAUUUGUUCCCAGUUCCAGUUGAGUGCUCAUAAGUGGGUUACUGCCUCAGCCUGUGCUGCUGUGUGCAUCCAUUAAAUUAAAGAAAACUCAUCCAAACCUACAAACAUAAAAAGGCAUCCCUCCUGCACACCCUGUAAAGAGUGCUAAGGAAUACAGCUCUACCAAACAAGGAAAGGAAAGUAAGAAAUAGUCAUUUUUAAAGAUUAAAAUCACAACGUGGCUUAAUGAAGAGCAUGGAGCAGUUUCUUAUCAUUGUGCUUGUGGCAGGGGGAAUUCAUGCUCACGUUUCAGUUGAUGAGACUACGUGUGACCUCAGGACGAACACAUGCUCUCCUCUUCUUGAAGGAACUGUGUAUAUCCAAGUGAUGACUGAUGCUAGUGGCCGUGAACUGAAAUGUUUGAAGGUGCUUCCCAAGGGGAACAUAACUGUGUUCAAUAUAAAGAAAGAAAAAAUAACAACAGACAAGGAAUUUAACAACAGACUAACGUUUAUAAUCAAGAACGGGACACUCAAGAUCUCAAACCUGAGGAGGGAUGAUUCAGGUCAAUACAGCAUUGAGGUUUUUAAUUCAAAUGGAAUCCAAGAGAAAAACGUUCUUUUCACCCUGGAUGUUAAAGACGAUGGCAAAAUUAAAGUAGCAGGAAUUUUACCGUUGAUGGGUGGUGUUCUCUCAGCACUGAUAAUUUUCUUAGUUGUGUGUGUAACAGUCAUCUUCGCUUGGAGAAAAAAACAAAACAACAAACCUACAAAACAUGAAGAGGAAGAUGACCAGGCAAUAACGUAUGCUGAUGUCAGGUUCACUCAACAGCAAGGGAGGCAAGUUGCGCAAACAGAGGAGAUAGAGGUGGAGGCAGAGUAUGCCCAUGUCAAUUCUUCAAAGUGACCUUGGCAGACUGAACCAACAGGAGAUGAUUGUUUGUUUGCCAAGGUUCAUAAAAUCAAGGGAUUUCAGUGAAAUCAAUGCUUUUACACAGACUGCACCACUGAAGGUCCACCGAGGGAGGAGCUUAUUUCAAGAUGCCCCAAGAUGAGGUCUUUCAUAUAAUGUCGCAUCACAUCACACAAAUCGUCAAAGCUCAUAAAAUCUUGUCUUUCUAACUUUCACUGUUUUUCCAAAUUACAGCAGGACAUAUGUCUAUCCUAUAUUAGGUUACCGCUAGGUUUGACUGCAAGUACUGUGAAUGUUUUUUGUAAACAAAGGUUACGACUGUAAUAGAACAUAACAUGAAUUUCAAUGCAAAAAAUGUUUGGGCAGCGAUGAAACAUCCAGAUGCUAACAGCUUCCCCUGUAAUUGCAGAUAAUUUCCAGUGUAAACAAAGACACUUUCCUCAUUUGUUUAAAUACAAUUUAGAUUAAAUAUUUCAUAUGUGCAUAAUAUUGCACAGUAAAUCCUUAGAGUAUUACAGAUUUUAAUACUGUCAAACUACUUGUUAUGGUAGUAAUAACAUUGUUAAUAAUGUAUUGUCAUCAGUCUGGGAUCUAGGGAUGGCAAAUUUUCAACACUGUGGCAAUAACCUAGGAGACAGUUUAACACAUACUUUAAAUGUUUUGACAGUUACCAGUGUAUUUACAGUCAGCCUCAGUACAAAUAUCAAGAAAAUGUUCAAAGUCAGAAUAACAUUUAUGCA